GAUCCAGUCAUGUGGGACACCAUGGCAUGUGAUGCCGAUUUACUUUCUGAAGUAUUUAAAUUUCCACCAACUGUAAACACAACGGCUUUAGUCAACGCUUUGUGUGGCGCGAACUUCACAGGUCUCGCUAAUGCACUUGCCGAGGAUUUGAAUGUACAUCGGUUGUUGAAGCUGCUUGAUCCAGCUACAAUGGAGUACCCAAUGCCACCAGUUGAUUGGGUGGAUGUAAUCUACAAGAUGCUUGGUGUGUAUGAAAAAUUGAUGAAUACAAUGAACUCAACAAUGCCCAUCGCAGUACCACCAAUGUUUGGAGACAUGUCGCUGUUCAAUUUCAACUCUUCAGAUAUAUGGGCUGACCUCAGUCGUCUGCUGGGUGAUAAUAUGACAAUGGUAGACCCUAUGAGCUUUGGUCCAAUACUGGAUGAACUAAUAGCAAUAUUCAGUGUAAACGAUACCGUCUCAGAGUACAUUGAAUCGAUUAGCCAAUUGAGUGAAUGGAUAACCAGUGAAUUAGAAGGUAUAUCAAGCAAACCAAUGACUCUGGGUAACUUGUUUAUGAACACAAGUGCAUUGUCUAAUGUGUUAGAGGAGAGUUUCUCCCUCACACCAGAUCUGAUAGACUCGCUGUUUGAAAUGGAAUUAUCACCAGCACAGUUGACACAACUUCUUACUAGUGAGUCAGAACAACUUGCAGCUCAGUUAUGCAACCACACAAUACCUGAUAUGUCAAUGAUGUACAUGGCGGAAGAGAUACCUGAAGACCUUCGAGCGGCUUUAUGCGAUACCAACACUACUCAACUAUUGGAAGAACUGAUUGGGCAAUUGGACAUGAUGAACAUUUUGACUGAGUUCUGGGGACUGUGGAACGUAACCAAGGACGAGUUUGAUAACACAAGAUCAAACCUGACGAAUGAGAUCGAUAAGAUAUUACGAUUGUUGAAUGGAUUCGAAACGCUACUGACCGACCCACUGGCGAUCAAUGAAGAGUUUUUGAAGAUGUUCAAUGUAUCAACACUUGACGAAUUAGUAGGACAAUUUGAAGACUACAUCAAUGGUGUGAUGAGUAACCAAAGCAUACCAAGCGUGGUUGAUAUGCUACAACAAAUUGAAAAUGGUCUAAAGUACACGGAAAUCUGGGGAUUAAUCCAGCCGCAGUUGGAAGUGUUUAAUCUAAUUAUUGAGGGCAUGGUGGAACAGCUACAAGCUGACUUUGAUUCCCAGAUGUUGAUAGGGGAAUUCCACUUUGCUAUGGCAGUAUAUCGAAGACGCAUUGGAUGCAAGUCAAUACCCAAUGGAUCAGACAUUGCUUGCAAAUUUGUUUGAUGUUUGGAAGCUGGCUGAUAUAUACAACACGGGACGAUGGAAUGAGGUGUUCUGUGACCUUGAUGCGUUUGUUGAUUUUUUUCCUUAUACUGAACCAUUCAACGUUACUGCUAUUCAAACUAAAAUGUGCACCCU